ACAUGCACGUGUUCAUAGUGUAUUGUGUGAUAGAUACAUGUGAAGGGAGGACGUCUCAUUGUCGUAGUGGUCUAGGAUCACCCUACCAAUGCUUAACAUCAGAGACAAAUCACACUAAGACACCCAUGUCAAAAAGCGUAACGAUAGUAUGCGGUUGACCUGAAGAACAAUUGGACAGAUGGCAAGUAACGGCAAGUGUGAGGCUGAGGCAGAUGUAAAAGACAGCGAGAAGGACGGCGGUUACCUGACCUACCUGACCAGUCGUCCUUUACUUAUCAUCGGAUUAUGUCUGGUAUUCGUUAUCAUUUAUACCAUAGCACUGACCGUAGGGAUGGUACUAGCCAUACGGAACAACAACAACAGUCACGUGGACACCUCUGGAGAAAUGACUGGUGGUCAAGGUGCUGUAGUCUGUGACCACGAGACCUGUUCAGAGAUUGGCAGAGACAUUUUUAAGAAAGGAGGGUCAGCCGUGGAUGCCGCUAUAGCGACUUUACUCUGUGCCGGCCUCAUGUCACCCCACAGUAUGGGCAUAGGAGGAGGGAAUUUUAUGGUCAUAUAUGACGCUGAGACCAAAAAGACACUUACCAUUAAUGCCAGAGAGACAGCGCCAAGUGGACUUUCCUUAGAGCUAAACACACAGACGGGGCCAAGGCAGAAGGCCUUGUCGAUCGGAGUACCGGGAGAGGUCAUGGGUUACUGGGAGGCGCACAGGAGGUAUGGACGACUCCCAUGGAAGGACCUAUUUCGCCCUGCUAUAGACUUAGCCGAGAAUGGACAUUACCUGGCAUAUACACCGAGAUUAUGUUUUGAACAUUUACUUCGUGAGAACGUUGAUUUGUCUCAGGACAAGGAAUUUUGUAAAGUCUAUUGUGAUGACACCGGUAAGAUAGCACCAGAGGGAGCCUUAAUCAAACGGCCCCGCCUGGCGCAAACCCUGAAAGGGAUAGCUGACAACGGACCGGCUUACAUACAUGAAGGCCCGGUAGCGGAUGUCAUUGCUCGUGAAAUACAGUCAAAAGGCGGUGUAAUUACCAAGAAAGACCUUGCAGAAUAUGCCCCUGUUGUGGAUGAAGGCAUUUCUAUAGAUCUCGGUGACGUCAAAUUACUUACAAUGGGCGCACCCAGUGGAGGACCCAUUCUCGGUUUGAUUCUCAACAUACUGCAAGGUUUAAAAUUAUCAGCUGAAUCAUUAUCUUCAACUGAACAAUACACAAAAACAUUACAUAUAGUAAUAGAGGCUGUCAAAUUAGCCUUUGGGGAACGAUGGCAGUUAGGAGACCCAGCUUUUGUACCGAAAAUGAAAGAGGUUGUCGAUAAAAUGACGUCUGAAGCGUUUGCUGAUGAACUGAGAAGCAAGCUAGACCAACACGAAACUCAUGAAUCGUCCUAUUAUACAAACACAUCAUUCCAAGCGUAUGACCAUGGUACUGCGCAUGUGUCUGUGCUAGCGCCGGACGGAAGUGCUGUAGCUGUCACGAGCAGCAUUGAUUAUUUUUAUGGGUCGACAAUCAUGUCUGAAUCUACUGGAAUCAUUUGGAACAACGAAAUGACAGAUUUCUCAAAGGAUAACCCACGGAACCAGGUCCAACCGGGGAAACGCCCACUCUCCUCCAUGGUACCAUCAAUAUUUGUGGACAAGUCAGGUCUCGUGAGACUCGUCAUAGGAGGAGCUGGUGGUAUGUCGAUUACACCAGUUGUAGCCGAGGUUUCUGCACAUGUACUGUUUUUGGGUGACACUCUUGGAAAAGCCAUGCGACGUAAACGAUUCUAUCAUCAGCUUGAAAAAAACGUUUUGGUGUAUGAGAAAGGAUUUCCACAGGACAUCCUUCAGUCUCUAUCUACGGAGUUUGGACACGAGGUAGCACAAUAUCCAGGAUACAUGGCUGUUUUGCAAGCAAUCGAACGACAUCCUGUCACAGGGGAAAUAACCGGAUUCCCAGACGAACGAAAAAUUUAUUUCUAGAUCUAUUUAUGUUUUUUAUGUAUAAUGACACACAUAUUAAACAUAUCUCUCGUUCCGUUUAUGUUCUCUGAAAAUAAUAUUUGCGAAAUAUUUAUAAUUGUGAAUGAAUCUUCUGACUAAUUCACGCGAAAAUGCAUUGCUCACAAAAAUAAAGUGAUUUAUAUUACAGUAGUAUGAAUAUGGCACUAUGAUAACUGCUAGAAGCAUAUUAUCACAUGUACCUUCAUCGCCGUUCCAAAGAGAUUUGUCCUGAAAUUGUAUAAGAUGUUGUUUAUAAAAGAUAUUACAUGUAACUCAUUUGAAAAAUGAAGAAGAAUAAACUCAUGGCAUUAUGAAAUAGUAUAUUAUACUUAUUAAGUAUUGGCAUAACUGGUAAAUCUAACAUUCUCACAAGUACAUGUAUAAUGGCAUCUACCUACAUUGUGAUGAUAAUAGUCACCGCGGUUACUUUACAACGACAACCUAUAGCACAUACCGACAUUUUAUCAAUCAUUGCCACUUCACAACCGAACAUUGCAUAUUAUAGGAUUUUGUAGCAAGGCAAUAAUAGUCACCAGACCACCAAACUCCACCGACGACAACUUUACAAAAGAUGCAUGAAUACAUUUAUUUAACUUAUUAAAAAACUAUGAAGGUUAUUUAUGCCUUGAAAAACUGUUCUAAAUCAAAUGUCAAUUUUGAAGACCAGAUUGGUUACAAUAAGAGAAAUAGUCAGCAUACGUACAAACUAUAACAAAAGAUAUACAUAAGUGUCACCAUAGAUUCAAAUAUAUCAUAAGAUAUACAAAAGUGUCACCAUAGAUACAAACUAUAACAAAAGAUAUAACUAAGUGUCACCAUAGAUUCAAAUAUAUC